GUCAACUAUCAACAUUCUCAACGGAGUCGACUCUUGUUUCUCUCAAGUCCACCAGUCGAUCACUCAAUUCUCAACUCCCAAGCCAAUCGAGGAAGUUCUCAAACUCCAGCAUCCUCUUCUGCUCCAAAUUCAGCUCUUAUCUGGGACGUUUUUUUGAGCUAUCGCGGUCCUGAUACUGGGCCUACUUUCACCGCUCAUUUGUACAAAGCACUAAAUGAUCAUAGAAUUAAAACUUUUAAGGAUGAUUAUAAGCUACGCCAGGGAGAAGUUCUCCCAAAGGCAUUGAGAACAGCAAUAAAAGAAUCCAAGAUUUACAUUGUUGUCUUCUCCGAAGAUUAUGCUUCUUCUACCUGGUGCCUGGACGAGCUGGUAGAUAUUGUCAGUCUUCACGAAAAAGAGGAGAGGUUGAUUAUUCCUGUGUUUCACCAUAUUGAUCCAUCUACUGUGCGACAUGUUAGUAUAGAUAAAGAAGAAGAAGAAAGUAGUAUAUAUGAUAAAGCUCUUCAACUUCAUGCUAAAGGGUAUUACAAGAAUGAAGAGCAGAGAGUGAAAAGCUGGCUCCAUGCGCUGAACGUACCAGCCGGCAUUUCCGGAAGUCAUGUAUGCGAAAAAAACAGAGAGGAACCUGAUGUUAUCGAAAAAAUUGUUGCUGAAAUAUUACCGCGGACAAAACCCAAGAGUUUUAAUGAGAAAACUGUAGGCUUGGAUGGUAGUAUUAAGAGCAUAGAAGAAUUGGUGAGCAGUGGUGCCACUAAAAUUGGUAUAUAUGGUAUGGGUGGAGUUGGCAAAACAACUCUCGCCAAAGCUGUGUUUGAUAUGAUACAUCUCGAUUUCAAAGGUAGUUGCUUCCUGGCGGAUGUAACGGAAAAUUCAAGCACAAAUGAAGGCAUGAAGUGUUUACAGCAGCAACUUCUUAAUGAUGUUCUUCUUCAAAAUGAAAAGGAUGUAAAUGAUGUUGCCGAUGGGAAAAAGUUAAUAGAAACUAGAUUAAAAGACCAAAAGAUUCUAGUUGUUAUUGAUGAUUUAAACCACUCCAAUCCGCUUAAAUUUUUGGGAGUAAAGUCGUUUGGUCAUGGGAGUGUUGUCAUCAUAACUACAAGGCAGGAAGAUAUACUGAAAUAUUUUGAGAUUUAUGGCUCGGUUGUGCAUACAAAAUACGAGGUUGAGGAAUGGAGAGAAUUCAUUGAAGACCUGAAAGAAACUAUCAACGAAGAAAUUCAGGAUAGACUUGUAAUUAGCUAUGAUGCUAUUGAUGGCACUCAGCUGAAGAAAAUGUUCCUUGACAUUGCUUGUUUUUUCAUUGGGUGGCAGAAAGAGAGGGUAUUUGAAAUAUUGGAGACUUAUUAUCCUUAUGUAAAUGUUAAAAUCAACAAUUUGAAGGGAAGAUGUUUACUGACAAUCGAUGAUAAAAAUGUGUUGCAUAUGCAUGAUCUUCUUCGGGACAUGGGGAGGAAAGUUGCACAGAACAAGUCUCCAGGUAAUCCAGCAAAAUAUAGCAGGCUUUGGCGGGGCAGAGAUAUAGAGCGCGUGUUGACAGAGGAGAACGAGUGUGUAGAUAUGGAUGCACUUGAAGGUAUUUACUACAAAGAGGAAUUAGCCUGGGAAUUAGAGCGGGAAUCAGAGGAACCCCAACUAAAAACAUUCAAAAAGAUGAAAAAUUUAAGAUUUCUUCAUCUAGUUGGUUUUCGGAAACCAAUCGGAAGCUUUGACAAAACAUUCAGAGAUCUAAGGUGGCUAUCUUGGGAGUGGUGUCCUUUGGAACAUUUUCCGCUUGAUUUCAAACCCAUAAAUCUUGGAAUACUUGAACUGACAAAUACGAGUUUGAGAACUAUGGAGCUCAAUAUGGUUUUCCAGAAGUUAAAGAUUCUGAAAGUGACAUAUUCUUGGGAUUUAACGACGACUCCAGAUUUCAACAUGUUACCAUCUUUGGUGAGUUUAAGUUUUCUAGCUUGCCCAAGCUUGACACAGAUACACAGAUCAAUUGGAAGGUUGGCAGGGCUUGUUUCCCUAAAUUUAGGGGCUUGUUGGAUGCUAGCAAGUCUUCCCGAAACUAUUGGCAACUUGAAAGCACUGAAGCAUCUUGAUCUUCAGGAGUGUACUUUCACUGCGCUGCCACUCGGAAUCAGUCGGCUAACGAACCUGGAAUGUCUUAAGCUUGAAGGAUGUAGUCAACUCUUGUCCAUUGAAGAACUUCCUCCUAAUCUGAAAAAGCUAUAUGCAAGUCGUUGUCCAAAUCUUAAACAAUUGGACAUACUGAACCUUACAAGAUUUAGUGGCCUGGAAGUGAUUGUAGAUUAGCAUAAAAUAUUCAGCAUUUACAAAGUUUGUUGUUGGCAUGUAAAAAGUUAUGACAUUGUGUAGUGCACAGAAGAAAAACAGCAUAAAAUCUUAUGAUUAUAAAUAUAGUACUUUUUUCUAGA